CACGGAAUAUUUUUAAGAAGUUAAAAACUCCAUGAUUACCUCCCCUGUUAUCUGGUUCUUUUUAUGUCUUGGAGAUGGAAUGAAACUGGCAUUAAUGGUAAUUAAAAACAUCAAGAAGAAAGAGAAUAUCAGACAAUGUUGGCAGUAAAGACUGAAGAUGUUCUACAGAAGAGAUAUAAUCCUGUUUAUAUAAAUCCAUAAAAGAAUUAUUGUGUUACAUUUCCUGUGAAUUGAGAUUAACAGAAUAAUUUCUCAACUCCACUCUCUGGGGUGUUUACAAGAUGACUUUGCAUUCCAGUUAAGCUUGGACACAUUUACAAUGGUUUGCAGCAUCUUUAGAUUAAAAAAAAAGCCAAAGUUGAUGGAACUUCAGCAGUAGAAAUAUUUACUUGGAAUAAAAUAGAAAGCCAAAAACAAGAAAGGUUUAAUUGUAUAAUGGUGAGAGAAGAAAAAUUAUGGAAAAUGAAUUUUGUGAAAACCAAGUUAAAUGGAAAAACACAGUCUCAAAUGAUUGGUUUUUCUAAUGAGAUGCAGAAAGAGAAAAGGAAAACCUUGUAUCACUGUGAUAUCUGUAAGGAAUCAUUCUCUGAAAAAGGUAACUUAAUUACUCACAAACGUAUUCAUAUAAGAGAGAAGGCCUAUCACUGUGAUAUCUGUGGUAAAUCAAUCUCAAGGAAUGGUAACUUAACUCUACAUAAACGUAUUCACACAGGAGAAAAACCAUAUCACUGUGAUAUCUGUGGUAAAUAUUUCUCUGAAGGAAGGUUCUUAACUUCACACAAACGCAUUCACACAGGAGAGAAGCCAUACCACUGCGAUAUCUGUGGUAAAUCAUUCUCGCAAUUAAGUGUACUAACAACUCACAAACGUAUUCACACAGGGGAGAAACCAUAUCACUGUGAUAUCUGUGGGAAAUCAUUUUCUUCAAGAAGUAACCUAGCUACUCACAAAGGCAUUCAUACAGGAGAGAUGCCCCAUCAUUGUGCUAUCUGUGGAAAAUCUUUUGCUACAAGGGGUCAAUUAACGACUCACAAAUAUAUUCAUACAGGGGAGAAGCCCUACUCGUGUGAUAUCUGUGGUAAAUCAUUUUCUCAAAGUGGUAAUCUAACUAACCAUAGACAUAUUCAUACAAGAGAAAAACCAUAUCACUGUGAUAUCUGUGGUAAAUCAUUCACUGUAGGAAGUACCUUAACUACUCAUAAAUAUAUUCAUACAGGAGAGAAACCAUAUCACUGUGAUAUCUGUGGCAAAUCAUUCUCUCAGAGUUGUAACCUAACUUCUCACCGACAUAUUCAUACAGGAGUGAAACCGUAUAAUUGUGACAUUUGUGGUAAAUCAUUCUCUCAAAGUUGUAACUUAACCACUCACAAACAUAUUCACACCGGAGAGAAGCCAUAUCACUGUGAUGUCUGUGGUAAAUCAUUUUCUCGAAAUGAUUACCUAACUGCUCAUAACUACAUUCAUACAGGAGAGAAACCAUAUCACUGUGAUAUCUGCGGUAAAUCGUUUUCUGCAAAGAGUAAUUUAACUACUCACAAGCGUAUUCAUACAGGUGACAAACCAUAUCACUGUGAUAUCUGUGGUAAUUCGUUCUCUCAUGGAAAUACCUUAAACACCCACAAACGUAUUCAUGCACGUGACAGACUAUUCAACUGAUAUCUUUGCUAAAUCACUCUCUCAGAAACAUCGUUAAAACUCCAUAUGUGUGUAUCUACACAAAAGCAUAACUGUAAAAGAAAAUAUUUUAUAUCACCAUAAAUAUAUUCACAGAGGAAAGAAAAUAUAGAAGUCUGAUAAGCACCUGACGAGCUGUAUUCUUUAUAGUGAUAACUAUGUCUACAUUUGUGAGAUUAUCUUUUACUGUGAUAUUUUUAAUAAAUGCAUUUUUCUCUGAA